CAAAGAUAAACCCUACUAUUUAAUGCAUCACAACACAUCUCUCACAUUUUUUCUACAUUUUAAGAAACUCAAUUCUUAUUUAUACGCCAUAAAUCUUCACCUCAUGUUCUUAUCUAGAAUUUGGAUUACAUGCAAUUUCUCCAAAAUCAUGAAACAAUACCUUUUUACGUUCCUAUUCCUUCUUCUUGUUCUUCACCCGGAGAAAUCUCAGGCCAAGGGCGGUGGUGCCCGUUCUUCUCUAAGUACCAGACGAUUCAGAAGCACCAGCGGCGCACUGGUCGGUUCCCGGUGGUACAACACCGUCGACGACGUCGAACAGCAAGAGUUGUCUCCGCCGCCGCCGACCAAGGAAGUCAAAGGCCUUUCUCGCAUCAAAGGCUACUUCUCAGACUUCGGCUACCUCCAAUCCUCUCCUCCAUUCAACGACCUCCUCGACCACCAAACGCGAACCGCCAUACACUCCUACCAGAGUUUUUUCAAUCUCAAAUCCACCGGUGACCUAACCAACGAGACGUUCCACCAACUCUCGCUGCCGCGGUGCGGCGUCCCCGACAUGAACCUCGAGUACUCCGCCGCGGGUAACGUCUCGUGGCCAAAGGCCGGGCACCGGUGGUUCUGGGCGAGAAGGGUGACGUACGGGUUCCUCCCGGAGAGUAGAAUACCGGCGAACGUGACGGCGGUGUUCAGGAGGGCGUUCGCGCGGUGGGACAGGGCUUUGACGGGGUUGAACCUGACGGAAGAGAGUUACGAAAAGGCUGAUAUCAGGGUAGGGUUUUACGAUUUGGACGAGGGCGUUGAGGAUGUGGUGUGGGGUGAGAGCGUUGUGAGGUUGUUGAGGAAUGGUUCUAAUGGAGAGAUACGUUUGGAUGGGAGCAAGGAGUGGGGGUUGGGGAGGGAAAACGGCACCGUGUUGGGGAAGUUGGAUUUGGAGAGUGCGGUGAUGCAUCAGAUAGGGCAUUUGUUAGGGCUUGGUCACUCCAACGUGGAAGAGUCUGUUAUGUACCCUUAUGUGUUGCCGUCGAAGCAACGAAAGGUGGAGCUUUCAGAUUAUGAUAAGUUUAACAUUGAGAGAGUGUACAGUGAUGGAAACUCCGAUCAUGGUGCUGGACAUUGGAGAGUGUCUCUCACAGUUAUCACACUGUGUCUUGGGUUUAUGCUAAUUCUGGUUUGAUAACGGAGUCAUGUUGGUGUUUUUUGUUUUUUUUUUCCUUGAGUGGCAUUUGGUUGAUUUGUUGACGUUAAGGUUGAAUUAAAACUUAAAAGGUUUUUGAACUUUUGAUAAAAAAUA